AUUUAGAUUGAAUAAAGACAAAAUUGCCCUAAUUCUCAAACGUGUGUUUGUGAGUUUUGUUUUGGUUUUCGAGAGAUCCAAAGCUUGCUAAUCUUGGCUUACUGAUCGAGAAACCACACUCGAUCACAUUGAAAUCUUCCUUAUAGCAAUUGUGUAAUCUCCCAGGUGUGAGAUUCCCCUUUUGUUUCCAACAAAUUCGAGUUCUAACCCGUUCAAUCGAACAUGUGUUUGAACUCUGUUCGUUCUUAAUCAAUCUAUUGGAUUGAUUGAGCUUGCUGCGCUAUUCUGAUCCAACUGAGACCCCUCUAGGGAUCAUCAUUGAUUUCGUUCCUAGAACUACUAUUCUGAACAAAGAAGCUUAAAGAACAAAUCCAGAGGAGUCCUAGGAGUUGCAGAGGCAGAUUGACGAGCUCAUGAAGAAAGGCCAUGUUCGAGAAAGCAUGAGCUCUUGUGCAGUUCCUGUUAUACUCAUGCCUCGUUUAGAUGAUAUGCUUGACGAAUUACAUGGAUCUAGUGUGUUUUCCAAGAUUGAUUUGAGAUCAGGUUUGCUAACCCCAAGAAGUGCACGUUUUGCACCUCUAGUGUUUUUUUUUCUUGGUUUUGUGGUGAGUGAAGAUGGAGUCAAGGUGGAUGAAGAGAAGGUGAAUGCAAUUCGAGCUUGGCCUACUCCUACCAAAGCAUUCAAGCUACUCAAGAACAAGCUCACCCAUGCUCAUGUCUUGAUAUUACUUGACUUUGGUAAAACGUUUGAAGUGGAGUGUGAUGUUUCUGGUUUGGGAAUCAGAGCUGUGUUAAUGCAAGUGAAGAUGCUUAUUGCAUACUUCAGCAAGAAGUUGAGUGGGACUGCCCUCAACUAUCCUACUUACGAUAAGGAGCUCUACGCAUCGGUACGAGCAUUGGAGACUUGGCAACAUUAUCUAUGGCCAAAAGAGUUUGUGAUACAUAUUGAUCAUGAGUCCCUCAAGUAUUUGAAGGCUCAACAUAAGCUUAACAAAAGACAUGCUUGAUCGAUGGAAUUCACUGAAUCUUUCCCAUAUGUGAUCAAGUAUAAGUGGGGCAAGGAGAAUAUAGUUGCCGAUGUCCUAUCUCGAGCAAUGUAGUCAAAAUCGCGCUUUAAAGUUUAAAAACUUACACUUUCACGUUUUUAAGUCACCAAAAUGCCUAUACGCAAAAUCAUAGUUUUAUAGCUAAUGUAGUUAAAAAUGCGCUUUAAAGCUUAAAAACUUACGAUUUUACGCUUCUAGAUCACCAAAACACUUCUACGUAGAAAUGCGCUUUUGACUACAUUGAUCUCGAGGGCAUACAUUGAUCACCACAGUGGAUGCCAGAUAUUUUGGAUUCGAGCAUAUUAAGGAGCUUUAUAAUGAUGAUGCUAACUUUGGAGAAAUCUAUAAGGCUUGUCAGAAGCAUGGAGAUGGGAAAUAAUUUUGAAGUGAAGGCUAUCUGCUUCGAGCUAAUUAGUUAUGCUUCCAUGUGCAUCACCUCGAGACUUGUUGCUGAAGGAAGCUCACUGAGGAGGUCUCAAGGCGCGUUUUGGUGUAGACAAGACACUGAGAUGUCUACAAGAGCAUUUUUAUUGGCCCCACAUGAAGGGAGACGUGGAGAAUCUGUGUGCAAGAUUCGUGGAGUGUAAGCAGGCCAAAUCGAAGGUGCAAUCAUCUGUAUUGUACACACCAUUGCCGAUUCCUUAUGCUCCAUGGAUCAACAUAUCUAUGGAUUUUGUGCUUGGUUCGCCGAGAACAAAGAGGGGAAUGGAUUCCAUUUCCGUGGUUUUGGAUCGGUUCUCAAAGAUGGCAGACUUUAUACCAUGUCAUAAAACUGACGAUGUUGUGAAUGUGGCGGAUUUGUUUUUCCAGGAAGUGGUGAGAUUGCAUGGGAUGCCACGUACUAUACUGUCUGAUCGACACACCAAGUUUUUUAGAUACUUUUGGAAGAUGUUGUGGAGAAAAUUGGGGACGAAGUUGCUAUUUUAUACCACAUGUCAUCCUCAAACCGAUGGGCAAACAGAAGUGGUCAAUUGAACUCUAUCCCAGAUGCUUCGAGGCGUGAUCAAAAGCAACAUCAAGGUUUGGGAAGACUGUCUACCCCACAUGGAGUUUGCUUACAACAGAAAGGUGCAUUCGACGACAAAGUUAUCUCCUUUUAAGAUCGUGUAUGGUUUCAAUCCUCUCACACCUUUGGAUUUGACACCAUUACCUUUGAAAGAGCAAGUCAAUCUUGACGGAGCAAAGAAGGUUGAGUUUGUAAAGAGUCUCCACGAUAAAGCUAGAUUGAACAUUGAAAGGAGAACAUAGCAGAUUAUGAGGAAUGUUAACAAACAUAGGAAGCCGAGGCACUUUGACGUGGGAGACUGGGUGUGGGUGCACUUGAGGAAGGAGGGAUUCUCAUAUCAAAGAAAAUCAAAGUUGCUAUCUCAUUGUGAUGGUCCAUUUUAAGUAGUUUCGAAGGUGGGAAGCAAUGCAUAUAAGAUCGACUUUCCAGGUGAGUAUGGAGUAAGUGCAAUGUAUAAAGUUUCUGACCUUUCACCUUAUUUGGAUGUCAAUUUGGAUUUGAGGUCAAAUCCUUUUUAAGAAGGAGGGACUGAUGAGGGCAUCAAAGGGCCAGUCACACGUUCUAAGGAAAAGGAGAUGAGAGACAAGUUUGCAACAUAUUUGGGAUGUUAUUUUGCAAGCAUGGAUGUGGCGUUAUUCAAAUACAAGCCCUUUAUGUUGUUGCAAGUCGUGGAGGAAGAAGGAGUAAAAGUGUUGUUUUUGU